UACAACUGCCCCGAAUGCAAGCGAGUCUUCCGCUACAGAGCCUGUCUGAUAAGUCACACGAAGACGCAUAUCAACCAGCGACCACACAUUUGUGUCCAGUGCAACAGAGCCUUCAAGGACUCCUCUGCUCUCAACAAGCAUCAGCGGAUUCAUUCGGGUUCGAAACCCUACACGUGCCCGCUGUGUGCUCGCGCCUUCAGUCAGUCCACCAACCUCAACAGACAU